UGGUCCACUGAUAUCACGUGUCACUGUUCCUCGGCGCACGCUGAUUCUUUACAGCGGCAAAUCAGUGAAAAGGCACAUCUUGUCGCUGCGCUGACCAACUGGAGCAGCAUUCAUCUGCCACAUAUAGACCAACGCUGCCAAACUGAAGAACCACUUUGUAGCCAUUAUGCCGCCUCCUAUGCGUCAUCGCUCCAUGCGCAUCUUUGUGAACGACGAUCGCCAUGUGAUGGCCAAACACUCUGCCAUCUAUCCCACCCAGGAGGAGCUGGAGGGGGUGCAGAACAUGGUGGCCCACACCGAACGUGCCCUCAAGGCUGUCUCUGAUUGGUUGGACGAGCAGGAGAAAGGAAAUGCCAAAGUGAAUGCCUUGGAGUCUGAUGAAGAUGGCGAGAAAGAGACUGAACCAAAGUCAAUGGAGCAGCCCUCACGUUCUUUGCGUGGAGUCAUGCGUGUGGGGCUGGUAGCUAAAGGCAUCCUGCUGAAGGGAGAUCUUGAUCUGGAGCUUGUGCUGUUGUGCAAAGACAAACCCACCAUCACCCUGUUAAAGAAAGUUUCCGAGAACCUCGCUGUGCAGCUUAAGCUCAUCACAGAUGAAAAAUAUGACGUUAAACCUUGCGUCCGUGAUGCCACCAUUGUCAUCAAGAACUCCAAGGAGCCACCGCUGACCCUCACCCUUAACCUGACAUCACCUCUCGUGAGGGAGGAGGCUGAGAAGCAGGCCGCCGGAGAAACGCUAUCAGUCAACGAUCCCCCGGAUGUACUGGACAGGCAGAAAUGCCUGACUGCCUUGGCGUCCCUCCGCCACGCCAAGUGGUUCCAGGCCAGGGCUAAUGGACUACGCUCCUGUGUGAUUGUCAUCCGUAUCCUGAGGGACCUCUGUGCGCGUGUUCCUACCUGGGCCCCUCUGCGAGGAUGGCCCUUAGAGCUGCUGUGCGAGAAGGCGAUUGGCACUGGGAAUCGGCCAAUGGGAGCAGGAGAAGCUCUCCGUAGAGUUCUCGAGUGUCUCGCAUCUGGAAUCCUAAUGGCUGAUGGUUCAGGCAUUUGUGACCCUUGCGAAAAGGAGCCAACGGAUGCCAUCAGUCACAUGGAUCGCCAGCAGCGGGAGGACAUCACCCAGAGUGCUCAGCAUGCCUUAAGGCUUUCAGCUUUUGGACAGCUGCACAAAGUACUCGGCAUGGACCCGCUUCCUUCAAAAGUGCCCCGAAAACCAAGGAGUGAGACACCUAUUGACUACACAGGUAAAAUUCAAAUCCCACCCAGCACAACCUACAUGCCGCCAAUGAAACGCCCCAUAGAGGACGAGGAGGCUACUGAUGAGAAGAAUCCAAACAAGAAGAAGAAGAAAUUGCAAAAGAAAUCUCCAGAAGAGAAGGCAGAGCCGCCACAGGCCAUGAAUGCCCUGAUGCGUCUGAACCAGCUGAAGCCGGGUCUGCAGUACAAACUCAUUUCUCAGACUGGGCCCGUUCAUGUGCCGGUGUUUACUAUGGCCGUAGAGGUGGACGGAAAGAACUUUGAAGCUUCUGGUCCCUCCAAACGCACUGCCAAACUACACGUAGCUGUCAAAGUCUUGCAGGAUAUGGGUCUGCCAACCGGAUUGGAGCAAAAGGUAGCUGAAAUGGUGAAACAGGAGGAGCCGAUGACCACACAGGAGACUUUGCCCACUGUGACCCAAAUGGAGCCAGAACCAGCACCAACCACAGACAGCCCCACUGACGAGAGCGCUCGGCAGCAGGGGCCCAUCCUAACCAAACAUGGAAAAAACCCGGUCAUGGAGCUGAAUGAAAAACGCAGAGGACUAAAAUACGAGCUCACCUCUGAGACUGGUGGAAGCCACGACAAACGCUUCGUCAUGGAGGUGGAGAUCGACGGACAGAAGUUUCAGGGAACCGGAUCCAAUAAAAAGGUGGCGAAGGCCUACGCAGCACUUGCAGCCCUGGAGAAGCUCUUCCCAGAAGGCUCCAACUCGGAGGCAAAUAAGAAGAAUAAAAUGCCUCCAAUGCACCCCGCUGGAUUUGGGAUGAUGAGUGGGCCGCCUGCUGACAUGGCGGUCAAUCCCAGGGGCAGAGGAAGAGGACGUGGCAGGGGCAGAGGCCGGGGAUUUAACAAUGGAGGAGGAUUCAAUCAAGGUGGAUAUGGAACGUAUGGAUAUGGCGGCAAUAACAACUUUGGCUACAAUUUCUAUAAUAACGGAGGGUCUAAUGAUGGACCGGUGGCCUCAGGUCCUGGAUCAUCAGGUCCAGACACAAACCUGUCUUCUGGAGGUGCUGCAGGGGCGGGUGGUUUCGGCUCGUAUUACCAGAGUGAUGGCAGCUACUCGUCCCCCACUGGAACCCCAAAACCGGCCGGUAAUAAGCCGCCCAUGCACCAAAACACCAAGCCUCAAGGAUCCGGAGUGGGCCAAGGGGGUUCCUUCGGUCAGUACGGCCAGGGCUUCGGACAUAAGAAGAACUUCGGCCAGGCUCAAGGUGGUGGUGGAGGAGGAGGUGGAAACUUCAACUACAGCACUGCUUAUCCCUCACAAGUGACCGGAGGACAGGACUACAGCUAUGAAGGUUACAGCAACCAGUCAAACUACAGCUCACAGGGCGGAGCCAACCAGAAUUUCAGCGGUAGCUCCGCCUCCUACAACAGUGGACCAGCAGGGUACGGCCGGGGUGAUCCCAGUAUGAACUACCAGUAUCGAUAAACCUGCCUCCCUGUGUGCAGUCCUGCCUCAUCAUUUCCAAACAAGGAGCAUCAUCCGUUCUGAUUCUGUCGUUCUCAAUUUUUGGUUUCUAUCACCAACACCUGAGCUAAAGAAAAUAAUAGCAGUCUCUAAACUUUGUGCAAAAUAGUGUAUUUUCAUGUUUCUUUUGAAGUUUGUGCGUUUUUUUUUUUUUUUUUUAGUUACUUAAAUUCUGUGAACUCCUCCAAACUACUGCCCUCAAACGGGAGAAGUAAUAUAAACCCAAAGCGAUGCAUGUGAGGACCUGAUAAUUUGUUAAUAUGCAGUGACAGGAUGCUCUGUCCUUGAGUGAUUUUAACCAUUCACACAUGCGUAAAUAUAAGAUGAAUCAGUCUCAAGCUGUAAAUCAUUAGUUUUAUGAUUUUUUUUAAAUUUUUUUUUUCUCUAUUUGACCAGCAACAUUUCAUGAUUUUGUCUGUAAUGGUAGGCUUUUCUUUUAAAUUAUGAAAGCACAUGUGACAUUGUUUUAUAUGGUUAUGUGAUAGUGAAAGUUGUGAUGUGUCAGGUCGUUUGUAGCAUUUGGCUGUUUUGGGUGGGGGACCUUUAUUUUUCCGGACAAUGUUUAAAGAAUGUGUGGUGUUUGUAAUAAAGGAUUUUAUUUUGGAGGA